UCUAUCGUCUCAUCGACAAACACCACUCCGUUAACGCCAUGGCAGAAGUCGCUCCUGCAGCAGCACCAGCUCCGGCCGCCGAGGCGGCUCCCGCAAAGGCCCCGGCUAAGAAGAAGAAGGCAGCAGCGGGCAAGACUGCCAAGAAGUCCGGCCCGUCCGCUAGCGAGCUCAUCGUAAAAGCAGUGAAAGAGUCCAAAGAACGCAAAGGACUGUCUCUGGCCGCCAUCAAGAAGGACCUCGUCGCUCGCGGUUACGACGUAGAACAUAACUCUGCUCACGUCAGGCGGGCUCUGAAGAGCCUGGUGCAGAAAGGCGCUCUGGUCCACACCACCGGAACCGGGGCAUCUGGUUCUUUCAAGGCAGCCAAGCCAGCCGAGAAGCCCAAGAAAGCAGCCAAAAAGCCCGCUGCUAAAGUAAAGAAGCCGGCGGCAAAGAAGGCCACUGCAGCUAAGAAACCAGCCACCGCCAAGAAGCCUAAAGCCGCUAAAGCCACCCCGAAGAAGGCAAAGAAGCCCGCGGCAGCUGCAAAGAAAGCUGUGGCCAAGAAGGCAAAGAGCCCCAAGGUGAAGAAGACCGCAGCGCCCAAGAAAGCAGCCACCCCUAAAAAGCCUGCAAAGAAGGCUGCAAAGCCCAAAGCUGCGAAGGCAAAGAAAGCUACACCAAAGAAGAAGUAAACCACCUGCUUUUUAACAAAAGGCUCUUUUCAGAGCCACCAGCUGUUCCUCUGAGAGAUCCUCCUGUUGGUCAUCGGACUCCUUUAUGCUUCAUGUUGGCUUUAUCACAGACUGUAACUGGAUUGAUUCCUGUCCCACCCGCCUCUGGACUGUAAAUAUGUACGACGGAAUUCUUUUUUUUUUUUUUUUUUUUUUUUUUUAAUUUUAUUUUUUUUGUGUUAAGCUUGUAAAUAUGCUUUCUGAUGUGUAGUGUAUGCACUUUUUAUUCGAAAGUCUGUUCAUGAAUAAAACUUAUUUUUACAUCAA